AUGAACCGAUUACCGACAAAUUCGCAACGCGUGGUGAAACCAGGGGUUAAGAAAAGACGCCCCCCAUUGGCCUGUGUUCAGUGCUAUCAACGGAAGCUGAAGUGCGGCAGAGAGCUUCCAGCUUGUAGUCGUUGUUCAAAGGCCGGAAAUGCCGACGAAUGUAUCUACCGUGGAGACAAAGGGCGACAUACGUCGGCUGACGGGCUAUCCAACGAUGGCACCUCGGGAGCGUCAUCCGCUUUGGAGCGUUCGUCAACAGAGACUCUUGACAAACAUGGGGCCUCUACUAGCCACGAAGUCGACAUGACACACUUGGAAGGGCAGGGGGACUCUACCAAAUUCUACGGGAACAGUUAUCCCCUGAACCUCUACCAACAGUUCACCGAUCUUCGGCCCUAUAUCAUCAAGGUCAAGGCUCAAUAUCCAUCCAUAAACACUCUUCGGGAUGAAAUUUACGCUCCAUUCAACGACAAACAUCGGCGUCGCCAGCUUUUACCAGACGGUGCGCUGGAGAAUACUUUAAGAGAGCUAAUACCGAUGAAGUCAAUCAUGGAUGUACUGGUUCAAACAUACGUCGACCGAUUUGAGAUAACCCAUCGGAUCUUACACAUACCGACUUUUAUCACCAAGUAUAACACUCACUGGACUGAUAAGUCUAGCACUCCGGUCUGUUUUCUUGUACAGAUGCUUUUAGUCGCCGCUGCUGCUGUAAGCUGUCAUCCCGAAGUAUGCAUCGACGUAUUCAGCCACAAGACAAAUCAUGAUCACGUUAUCAAAUGGGUUGAGGCAGUGGAAGCAUGGGUCAGUUCUCACUCCAAUCAACCUCCUCGUUCCUGGGACACCCUGGUAACCCAUUGUCUUCUUCUUAUUGCGAAGCGUGCAAACUUCCUCAAGGAGGGCUCCUUCUGGACUUCUACUGGGACCUUGGUACGAUGGGCCAUGGCAGCGGGUUACCACCGCGAAGUCAUCUCCGCAACGAGAAUGUCGCCAUUUGAUCGAGAGAUGCGUCGACGAUUGUGGAUCACGAUUGUUGAAUUGGAUCUCCAGGCAUCGAUAGAACGCGGAAUGCCUCCUAGUGUCCGAAUAGGAGAUUUCAACAUCAAGCCACCCCUCAAUGUCGACGACGAAAGACUCAAGGGGUCUAUUAAAGGCUCUUUAGCCGGUACGCCAAUUACUAAACUGACAAAUACUUCUUUCCAAGCGCGUCUCUAUCGCUCAUUGCCUGUAAGGCUAAGGAUAUGCACCUUCAUCAACGGGCAUUGCGAAAAGGUCGAUUUCGACAAGGUCUUAGAACUAGAGGAGGAGCUGGGGCAAGCACUCCGAGGCAUUCCGGCAUUUGAUAAUCCCCAAGCUGAUCCACGACAGCAUCAGACCGCGACAUAUAUAAAGAGCAUGCUAGGUAUCGUUCUGCACCAGUAUAUCCUUUUACUGCAUUUUCACUUCGUGGUACACAGUCCAUCCUCAUCUAAAGCUAUCAUCUGUCGACGUGCAAGAUUAGAGGCGUCUAUGAAAAUUCUUGACUACUACCAACGACUUUUGAACGAUGAGGCAUUGCCAGGACAGGCAUGCAGAACAGGCUUAGUACUCGCAGCCCUGAGCAUCUGCCAUGAAAUCUACCUAAACAUUGGAUCAAAAGCUUGCGACCAAACCACCAUGACAAUCUUCCCUCAAGUUUCAGCAUUCCUGAUCGAAAAUAUUGAAAAAGUGUUGAAUAUUCUUGAAAAGCGAAUAUCUCUUACAUUCAACGGCUUGAACGAAUACUACAUCCUGAGUAUGACAGUUGGUCUUGUCAAAUCGAAACUAUGGCCAGAGUCUUCCGCAAAAUCGGACCAAGAAGCAGCGGAGCGAGUGAUUAAACUCUGCACAAUUCUGCAGACACGGCAAGCAGCCAUUCGACAAGAACAGCCAUUUUCUGAAGCUUGUGACGAUGGUGAGUCACAUGCGAAUCAGGUAUCAAUUGAUGCAAGCUAUAUGGAGUCUGAUAUCAUGACCGAUCUCAUUAGCUCGAUACUUCCACAGGAUUUGGAUUUUAUUAACGACAGCCUUGAUCUUACCUUCUUUCAUGCAUAG